UAAUGAUCUUAUAUAAUUUUUUGUCAUGAAAAGGCUCCAGUAAGAACCUCAGUCUAUCCCUCUUCAUAGGAGCUUUAACUUAUUGUCAACACUCCAUUUUAAGCACUUUUAUUUUUUGUCCCCUGCUGUCCCAGUUAAACUGUAGUCUGUGCUGUGCCAGGAUAAAUUGGGCUUCACAAUGAAGAAACAGUGUGAGAACAGGUCAGCAUGAUAAACUCCACUGGUGUGUGGUCAGUGUGACUUGACUACAAUCUGAGAAUAUUUCACAGUUUUCUGCAGAGUCCUCCGAGCAGAUUGUCUGAUAUUUGUUAAAUCUUUAGGGUAAACAAGGCGAGACAGCCAGCUGUAAGAUGUAUAUUUAUCUGACUCCAGUGAGGUCCCCUUCAAUUAAAGAUUGAAUCCCAGCGAGCAGCAGCGUGUUUGUUAUUCACCUGUAGGGCUUUACCCGGCGCUAGGACCCAGGGUGCGCGAUUUUCAUCUCCAGCUGCUGCAGACCGAAAACUGGCAAUAAGGGAAGAUCGCGAGGACAAGCCAAAAUUGCAUACUGUAUUCAUUCUACUUGAAAAUCACAUCCCUGGCCCCACACGGAAGACUCCGUGCAGACAACAAUAGCUUGUUGCGCUGUGUGCAGGCUUUGUGACUGUAGACAGCUCGGAGCGCAAGGUAAGACGGUGCAAUACCAUGCGAUUACUAAUAACAAAGGCGUUACGGGCGAGCAGGGGGCAUUAAAGGGGGCAUUGCACAACGCUAUUGAGGGCGAGUAAAACUCUGCCAAACUUUGACCUGGAUAUCUGUAUUUUCGAGUUGUCGGUGUCUUGCAGGAGCAGCAGUAGUUGCGGUGGCGUCUCGCUGUUCACCCUCGGCAUUAUGUAGGAUCGUGUCACAUGUAUGGACAAGACAAGUUGUGUUUCGAGAUGACAUACUUGGGUCUGCUGUCCAUGCGUGGCUGCUGUGGAUGCGGUAGAACCGUCCAAACGCUGACACGGUAACUAUAUCCUACGAAGUGAUGCGUUUUCGUUUCAGACACAUAUUUAACAUCAUGUGGACGGCGCAUCGGGCCAUCCAUUAACCUGGCAAACAAGAACAUCACCCUCCUCUGUUCCUGUGAUCGGCUGCCAUCCCGCCUCGCGUUUAUUUAUGGCAGGGGAAAAUGCGUUACUUGGAGCAAAAUGGAAGAAAAAUGCGCUUGAUGUUUCACUCAGCGUUCAACCCCCCUUCGCCGCCUCCCAGCCUCGACAUUCAGUAUUGACCAGGUGAACCACCAACUUAGACGGGACAUCCUCGUCGCCGUAAACCAUGGCGGCCUAAACAGGGUCGAUAAUCUCCAGCGUGACUCUCAGAUAGAUGACCGUGGAAGCUCACUUUGGAGACGACAUGCUCUUUUAAAAAAACACACAAUCAGGCCUUCGAAAUAAACAACGUGCCUUCUUCAUGUGUGCUAUCGCAGUUGUCAUAGUGCAUGUGCGGAACACCACAUCCCCGCUUGAGAGAAGGGGUUUUAUAAAUGCACGCAUAAUAAGUUUGAGUGUAACCCCACUGCUUCACGCACAGGAGCCCGUGAAGAAAAACUCGUCUAUAAUUGGUGAAGCCCCGAGCAGCCGGUCACUACCGGGAUAGCUCCUGCGCGGUCGUUGAGGUCUCCGGGUUACCCCCGGCUCAGACACAAUGCGAUGUGUCAGCUGCCCACUUUGUGCUACUCCCGCUUCUCCACGCCGACGCGGAUCACCACGCCGUUCCUCUUUUUCGUAACUGAUCGGCGUUUUUCUGGUUUCCCAAUUUCACGUUUGGCCAUCUGUCAACGAUUUGGCUUGCCUGCACGCAGCCAUUACUGAGCGAAUGGCGAAGGGCAUGUUACAGGCUCUCUCUCUCUCUCUCUCAUAUACACGCACACACUCACACUCACACCGAUCCUCUCCGCGAUAGACGAGCAGCGAAACAGUUGGAGCUCGUUCAGACACGGACUGCUCUCUGCGGACGGACAGGAUCGCUUGUCCUGCACAGACACGGGUCGUGCACGGUGGUAAACAAAACUCUUUGAGUCACACGACGACAUCAGCUUCGCUCCACAGUGUGUGUAUGUGCGUUUCUCAGAGUGUACGGUCAUUUCCUCACCACCACCACCACAAGUGUUGAGAAAAGUAGGAAAUUUGUUGGCCUAGAGGAGUGGAUACCCUUGUAAACAGCAGGCCUGCGCUGUUUUCAGGAUUCAGGUAAGGCAAGUGGCCUAAUUACAGAGCAGGGUAACCUGUAGUGCUUAAACACAGUGUCCAAAUGUGAUUAGGGAAUAACUGAGAGAAAUAGAUGUUCAUCUUUGAGGGAGGAUCAGAAAGUGCUGAAACCCCCUGAGGGACGGAUUUGAUGCUGCAAACUUUUGCCUGUCUUUGUGUGAUUGGACAUUGUAGAUGUGUUGUCAUUCAUCUAACUACUUCAAUCAUGAACUCUUGGUCCUCAUGUUCUUCUCAGGACUUAAUCAGCAUUUAAACUGUGUGCACAAUGCUCAUAUUUCACACGUUUUAAGAGAAAGUUAGGUUUUAUAAGUAGUGAUGUAAAUGCAUCCAAAACAGUCCUAGUCACAGGUCCUGUUUGAGCUGUUGUAUCGUUAGUGUGUUUCUGCGUUUAAAAAAAUAAUUAGCUUCUGGGAUUAUUUGUGUGGUUAUUUCAUUUCAGGUUAAAGUGACUUGUGCAAUUGUCGGUCAUCUUGAUACUGCUUUGGAUUUAAGGGCUAAAGUUAAACUAAACUCUUGGUUUUCAUGUUCUUCUCAGGACUUUUGUGUUCGCUUCAAAGCAUUUAAACUGUGUGCACAAUGCUCAUGUUUAAAGAGCAGGUUAGGUUUUAAAGUAGUUUUAAAUUUGAUCUAUUACAAGUGAUGUAAACGCAUCCAAAACAGUCCUUAUAGAGCAGUUGAAGCUGUUGUAUCUUCAGUGUAUCUGCGUUUAGGAAAAAUAAUGAUCUUCAGGGGUUAUUUGUGUGGUUAUUUCUUUACAGGUUAAGGUGGCUUUUGUCUUUAAGCAAAUGGCGGUCAUCUUGAUACUGCUCAGGAUUGAAGGGCUAAAGUUAGGAUAAACUCUUGGUUUUCAUGGUCUUCUCAGGACUUUUGUGUUCGCUUCAAUGCAUCUAAACUGUGUGCACAAUGCUCAUGUUAAAAGAGAAAGUUAGGUUUAAAAGUGCUUUUAAAUUUGAUCUAUUACAAGUGAUGUAAACGCAUCCAAAAACAGUUGUCAUAGGUCCUGUUGGAGCUGUUGUAUCUUCAGUGUGUCUGCGUUUAAAAAAAUAAUUCGCUUCGUAUUUGUGUGGUUAUUUCAUUUCAGGUUAAAGUGACUUGUGUCUUUAAGCAAUUGUCGGUCAUCUUGAUACUGCUUUGGAUUUAAGGGCUAAAGUUAAAAUAAAAAUAACAAGUCUUCAGACAACUUAAACAUGAACUCUUGGUCCUCAUGUUCUUCUCAGGACUUUUAUGUUUGCUUAAGAGCAUUUAAACGGUGUGCACAAUGCUCAUGUUUAAAGAGAAAGUUAGGUUUAAAAGUGCUUUUAAAUUUGAUCUAUCACAAGUGAUGUAAAUGCAUCCAAAAACAGUCCUUUAUGGGUCCUGUUGGAGCUGUUGUAUCUUCAGUGUGUGUCUGCAUUUCGAAAAAAUAUUGGCUUCGCACUGUGAGCUUCUGUGGUUAUUUCAUUACAGGUUAAAGUGACUUGUUUUUAAGCAAUUGUUGGUCAUCUUGAUAGUCUUUUUACUGGAUUGUCGUUUUGCUCGCAGCUCAACUUAAACCCACUCCUCUGUAAUAAGUGUCUUAAUCCAGUUAAAACCUGACCUGAUACCAACAGGAAGUGUGAUUUUGACACAUGGCACUGCAAGAAAUGAAGGACAGCAAAGAGAAGAAACAUUGCAGAAUGAGCAGCUUUCUUUUUUUGUCUACUGAUGACAGAAUUCAUGCAGACUGUCAAACCUCAGGCCUGAGCUAAAGCCAGAAUAAACUUUACUAUUAUUUGGUUUUGUAUAGACCUACAGGUGGGAUAAAAGUAGGUGACAGUCAGUCAUAAGGACCACGAUAAGGUUGAUCAGCUUGAUUCUAGUUGUGCGAGGUUGUUACAUCUCUGCGUGUGUUGCUUUUUGUGAGUUGAUUGUGGAUUUUCGGUGUUAACAGCCACAAUAAAAGGGAACGCAGUUUCAUAUGCUCUGUGGUCUGUACAGUAAAGUGAAAAUAAGCUCACAGGCUAGAUUUGCUGAUAGGAUAAGGACAAGAAUUGUUGUAAAGAACGAACUGUUGGUCUUUGAGAAUUUGUUUUGUAUUUCAGAUUAAAUCCAGGCAGGUGUUUGUGAACAUACUCUCUUGGCAUCCACUUUAAUGACCAAAACUUGUUGUGAUUGAGAGAUAACAUGUCUAAGGGUUAGUUUUGUGUUUGGAAAUCCUCCACACAGCAGCAGCAGAGGAGGGAUUAGUGUUUCCCCCAUCUUCUUCCUGAAGCUGCACCACCAGCCUGCAGCUCACAGCCUCCAGCAGCUCUUCUCUCUCUUCCUCGUGUUAAAUCCUCUGCAACAGACCCAAACCUCUCCUAAACUCUCUUUUAUUUAUGAUUUUCUCUUAACGUUUUUUGGUAAUUCUUAUAGCACUUCUCACCCUGUGGCCUGACUCUGUUAAUUGACCUCACCCUCAAAUAUCCGCGGAGUGAUACUCGAAGGAAAUACACUUUAUUACUUCGUUACCCUGAUAAGCUUUUUCAGUUUAGCGCACCGUUACACUCUUUGGUCGCGACCCUUUCCCUCCCCAUUCCCCUUGAGCGGCUGGAGCUCGCGUUGCAUGCCGGUACCUGCAGUCCUUACCCCUCCCAGCCUCUCCAGCGUCUAAUCCUGGGCGUGGAUAGCCGAGCACUACAUCUCCCAUGGUUGUCACCGAGCACCCUUCUGCCCCUCUUUCCCUCUCUCUCACUCUCCCACCAGACUGGAGACUGGCGAUACGAAACGGACUGUCUUGACGAACCCCCCUCCUCCCCUCCUCUUCCUCCUCUCCCUCCCGCCCCUCUCCGCCCUCCCCUCCCCGGACUUUUAGAACCGAAAACCGUCGAGAUUAGUGAGCAGCAGCCGCGGUCGGCAGAGAGGCGAAAGGCUGGACACGGCCGUAUCCGAGCCGUACCUGGUUCGUCGUUCACAUGCCGUCUGGACGAGCUGGUUUGUAACUGUUUGUGUCAAUAGACAUCUUCCUCAUCUCGCCUGCUUGUUAGCUCGGGAGAGGGAGAGAGAGGGGGAGUCUUUUUUUGAAGGAGAGAGGAGAGGAGAGGCUCGGUGGGGUCAUUUUAUAACAACGCCGGAGCGGUUCAGUCAGUCAGGCCGAUACGAGAGACGGGAGCAGUCCAACGGUUAGAUUACAGAAGCCCGCCUCGACAUGUUCUAACCGCCGGGAGUGGAGCGGUGCGAGACGGGCUCCGCGGAGACUCCGCUGCGCAGGGAGCUGGAGGAGGAGGUGGAGGUGGUCAGUGGAGUUGAAUAUGUUUGCCCCCUUUUUUUGUGGACACUCCGGCAGGACCAUGUAGAUGAAGUUAGCUCACCCUGCCCUCUUGUUUGUAACUCACAGCAGCCUUUUCCUCCGUUAUCAGUGGAAUUGAUUAGUUGUCCACAUGCAGACUUUUUGUAUGCAGGUGAUGAGUUGUGUUUGUUUUGUUCUCUUCUGUGUGAUGUUGACUUAGCUUAUCAGACGGAGAUGACACACUGUCCACAUUGUGUCACUGGUGGAAGUGGUCCCAUCUCUUAAACGCCCCCCCACCCACCCACCCAACAUCUGUCUUCCAUCUCCCCUCCAAAAAUUGUGACCAGUGCCUCGUCUUUCAGGCUGCAUCACCUGAGAGCCGGGUGCCAUGCUCUCAUUAUGGUGACUGCGAGAGAAAGAGAGAGAUAGACCCGGAGCUCUCCAGAGUUUUUCCGUGCUGAUGUUUCUAUCACAGAAAAGCACAUUGUUUUCAGAGUGCCCCACUGCCACAGCACGCAUGUGGGACGUGUGCCCUUUUGUGGACAGUGAUCUAUCUGACCGUGUUGCUAAAGUAUUCCUCUCCGGUAGCAGAAUUAUUUGGCGUCUUCGACUCUACAGCAUGCAUUUAUUGGCCUACAUCAGAGCGGAUGGAUUCAUAUGUUGCAGCGGAGUAGACCCGGUAUGAUCGCAGCACAAAGACAAACUAGCUGUAAGCGAACUGUUGUCCAUGGUAAUGAAUGUAAGAGCCUCCUUGCACCGAGCGCUAUCUCUCUAUCUGCAUGGCUGUGCUCGCAGAUUCCAGCAGAGAUUGUCGUGUCAGUCAUUAUGUGCAUCAUAUUCGUUAUGUUUCACUGACUCCGGGGUGAAGCUUUGACAUAGAUUUUUUUUUUUAUCGCAUGCUGCCUGUUUGUAGUCGUCUCAUUUACUUGCAGAUGCGCUCGCCUGCGCUCACCUCUACCCACAUACCAGGAGCUGCUCUGGCGUGUGUCGCCAGUGUAUACGAGAGUAUUCCUAAUGUUUGUUUUCAGAUUAUCUCCUUGUGUAUUAUUCAUCAUCAUGGUCUGCAUGCUCAGCAUUGUUUGGUGAAAGGAAGGUAUGUGUGGGGAGGUCUUCUGUGUGAGUUUCCAGUUGAGGAAAAUAAGGUAGAUACGCUAUCCACUUAUUGAAAUGCACUGAACUGAGGUGGGGUGGUUAUCUAUCCAGUGAUGAUGGUCCAGCAGAAAACUUUCAGUCACUCUCAGUCAUCUACUUUUCAGUGCUGCACCCCUAUCUGAAUAUAACACACAGAGGCAGCCGCUUACUAAUAAAAGAUCAUUUGAACAGUCACAGCUGAUUUGCUUCAUGGAGGAAUUGCUGAGCUGCUCCCUCCCAGUGCUGACCCUGGGGCCACAGGGGCACAAGAACGAAUCUUUAAAAGGAGACCUGAUUGAAAAGUCAUCAAAUUUGAUCAAGACCUACUUUUUCAAUACAAAUACAGCCUAGAUAUUUUUAUUUCCUGCUGUAUCUGUGUUUAUUUUUUCUUAUACAGACUGCACAGCAAGAAAUUAAUAACAGUAAGCAGGGAACUGCCUCUUCAGAUAUUAAUUCUCCUGUGAUCUGGUAUGAUAUGGUUCUGAGUGUAUCUGCAGAGGAUUUGAAUCUGUUUGGUAGGAAUCUCUUCAAAUCAUUCAAAGGAAAAGUUGCAAACUUAAGCAGCAUUUAAAAAUCAUGCACCUAAUUUAUCGAGAGGUGGUACAUUUUAUCAGGAAAUGGAAGUCUUGUCUCAUCCAGGGGCAUGUGGGCUCAAUAUUUGUCCAAUUUACAGCUAAUAAAUGAAGUCUCAUUUAACUUACUGAUUACCAUAUUUUUACUUAAGAUUAUUCACCUGCGAGAUUGAUCGAUGCAAAUGAAUUGUUUGUAUUCCCUGUGGCAAACAAAUAAAACUGAAAGGAACAGCGUACCGUUCUUCAGGUUGCCUCACUUCUCUCUGCUACCCUGAAUCGUCUCCCUGCUCUGCGGAAAUUGUAACACAUCUGGCCCUCGAGCCCUGUCUCAAAGAAAGGAAGCUUUCAAUUUCCCAAUGUUGGUUACUCUGAAUCAUUUACUGUUGCACAGAACAGGUCUUAAUUCUCCAAACACAGUCCCAGCAGCACUAAAGGUGAUCACAUCAAGUGUUCUUUUUCUUGUUUGUUCUGCAGCAUAUCACUGUAAUUCAAGGGAAGCUCUCACCUGACGGACUCAGCUCCCCCCUGAGGCAUGUUGUGUUAAAGAAACACCUAUGCAGGUAAUUUUUUUUCCGUUAUUGUUAGAUUACUAGAUUAGAGCAUUCUUUUCUCUUAUCUAAUUAACACUGCCCUAAUGAACUCCUCUUAUUGCUCAGGUGGAUCCCACACUAAUGAAUGUAGGGGAUGGAGGCACGGUGAGCAGAGAGAUCAGUGCUCCAAAUAAAGCGUCUGCUAGUAUGGUGGGAAAUCCCCCCCAGACGCUCCCCCUCGAGUUUCGAGGAGAUGUUACCUUCAGUCAGCAAAACAAGACCACUCCAACAACAGACUGUAAGACAGCAAAAGCCUGCCUGGACACUAGCAAUUACAACCACAACUCUGAGUUUUCUCCACCUCAACAGCCCAACAACGUACCAACGUCUGGCUCAGCUCUCACCAGUUCAGACAGGAGAGCAGACAAAAGGCCAGAGGCUCCCAAGCUCAAGACUGAUGGAGCUGUGGUCUUCCCCUCAUCUCAGUGGUCAAGUGGUGUAAAAGUCAGCCGGGAGGACUCACUAAACCCGUGUCACAGCAACAUGACAACUACAAAGAAAUCUGUCUCCCAAACACAAUCUGUGCAAAGCGUCGCACCUGGGUUUCAGUGCUCCGCCAUGUUCAAGCCGGUCCAGUCGGUUGCCUUCCUUCCUUCCACCAAUUUUUCCUCCCCACUUUGUAAAAUUACUCUUCCACCAGCAUUGGGUCAGAUUGCAGCAUUGAGAGAAGCCACAGCCAGUCAGUUUCAGAAAGAAAUCCAGCCUCAAAGCUCAGGUGUCGGAGGGACACCUCUCAUGCGGACCUAUCCCUAUCCAUUCUCCGUGGGCCGGACUCCGGCUGCAGAGAAAAAAGCAGGAGCAUCAACGACAAAACUAAAGCCUAACCAUUCAUCUAGUAAGAACACCAAAUCCAUGGUAGAGCAUAAGUCUUUAGCGUCAGUGGUAGCUUCACCAGCCAUUGCCCUACCACUGCAGCACCCGUCAUUAACUUCUGCUGCACCCACCUGCUACACGCUAUCGCCUACUGCUGCUAUUUGCUGUGGCUCUGCCCUGGCCAGCAUCACCUCACAGAGCAGACUGCUGAACCAUGUAGAGAAAGGAAACAGCAUAGACAAGACUGCUCUGAGUUCUCUUACGACACCCUCCUCUGCUUCAGAGGAUAAUACUCGUUGCUCAGUCGAACCGAGAGACGUACCUCUUGAUUUGUCUGCGAAAUCAAAACGUCCAAAAUGCCUAAAUGACCCUCCAGUUACAACAAAUGAGCCUCACAAUAAUGAGUCGAAUCAGAGAGAUUUUCUAAACUCAAAGAGGACUCAUUCUACCCCUUAUAGCCCAGCUGUGCAAUACCCUAUCCUCCCCAACACCCACAGAAAUGGAUCUCACCAAAAGCAAAUAAAAAGACCUCAGAAUCACCAGAUCCCUGAGCCCAAACCAACUUGGGGCAAGGGACCUUCACAAGACAUCAAAAACAUCCCUGGAACGUACGUCGGCGUGGCAAGCCCCAUAUUGGCGUCUACUUUGCGGGGCAAAGAUGGUAAAGGGGCUUUUGUGGAUGAAUUCCAGAGUUUUGCGAAACAGGAGUUUAUCUCUAUCAUUGACCAAGGAGAACAUCUGGCCUCAGGAGGAAAGAAGCCAUCCUGUCUGAUGAAGGGCAACCAACAGUGUCACAGUGUCAAGCCUGUUAAAAACACCAGCACAGCCAUAACGAAGAGCAGUCCCUCUAAAGGAGCUCUAUCAACUGCCUUGUCAGCCUCAGCGAACGCUCACGUUCAUCAGAUAUCUGGACCUGGUAAAACAGCAGUGCCCUACUCUAAUACCAUUGUCAAUCCAGCUUGGCAGCAGCCGUCCCAUCAUCCUCACCAAGCCUCAUCUGCUCAGAGGAAAAUCCCACAAGGAUCUCCAAAGACUAAAGGAACCGCAGUUACAGAAGGAUCGAAGUUUCAGAGUGCCCACCAUAGCCCGUCCAAACCUGAGGAUGAUAAGUGGGAGAAAUUAAAGUCUCCUUUGUCUAAUCUGGCAUCCAUCGUAAAGCAGCAAGCCUUUGAAUCGAACUCCUUAACAGGCGAGGGAAAUCCUCAAACUUCACCUGCUGGAUCUAGAAAAGCAGAUCUCAGUCCACUUACCAGCAGCAAAGACACCCAGUAUAAACACACUUCUUCAUUUGAAUACCCAGCACACUGGUCUAAGGAGAAGUGGGCCAGUGUACCAUCAAAAGAUUCAACUCAAGCUCUGAAGAGACACGAGACUGAGCCUGUGGAGAAUAACACUGAGUUAAACACCACUGACGGAGAACACAAGGGGCUCAAAGCGAAGCAGAGCUCCUCAAAGCCUGCUGGCCAGCCUCUUCUCUUUGGGAGCAACGCAUCAACCAAUGGGAACAGAAUGGAGAGCAAACUAGCCCAGGUGUUAGAGGGGGAGAUAUCAAAGAAAGAUACAGGAGCAGAAAUUCCUCCCAGUGAAAAAUUAGGAGGUAUGGUCACAUCUAUUCUGGCGGGCCAGCGUGACGAAGGAGGCGACAAGUUUGAGAAGAAAACAAACGGAACCAAAGAGGAGUCGCCGACCAAAGCUAAAGCUGCCACCAUCAAACAAAAGAAAAGCAGCCCCAAGAAGCCAGCAAAGGAGAAGCCACCGACGGGACCAUCGAAGAAGACUCCAGGAAAGAAAAAGCAAGACACAGAAAACACCCCAACUAAAGUGUCCCCCCAGAAGAAGGUAAUUAAUCAUUGUAGUUUAUUUUUAUCUUAAAAGUACCCUUUGGUUGCAUUUGAAUAGGUAAAAAAAAAGUUGAAAAUCUUUUGAAAUUUCUUAAGCAUUGAUUAGCCUCAUGGAGUUCCCUGUUAUGACAUUAAUCCAUGAUUUAACUCCCAUGGGCUUGUGGCGCUCUCGAUCACCAUGAUACCUUUGUGAUCAAUAACCUGUGAUACCGCACGCUCACUAUGUCCCCCGUGUAUUUCAGCAGAAGAAACAGUGCGCACCUGUGCUGGAGCAGAGUCUUUCAGCGGGGAAGCUCUCUCCUCAGAGGAAAGAACCGACUCUGAGGGAUAAGAUCAGUCCCAACAAGGUGGACCAGUCGACUCCCAAGAAACCAGGUAAUCUCCUAAAUUUACUCCUCUCUGAUAUCUAAAACAAACCCUGCAAUGCUUUCAGUUUGUGUCAGAUAUGAAGCCUUUUAUUGUGCUCACAGCUGGAUUACUGUGGGAUCUCACAGCUUUAGUUUGUCAGAUAAAUAGCCUGCAGUCAGCCUUGGUAGUACAGUAGCUUGUGUAUUAAGCAGACAGAAAAAGUCACACAUUGUCUCACUGGCAGUUUUUGAUCUCCCAGUCUCUGUAGACCUGUGUGUAAUGAUGAUAUGUGGUUUUAUGCAGUUAUAGAUAGCAGCAGCAGCCCUCGAAGUGUCGACACUCCAGCGUCUCCUAACAGCUCUGCGAUAUCCAGCAAGGAGACCGAACAAACAGAUAGUUCCUUCCCCAGACUCAGGAGAGGACGGCGGCGGACGGACGAGGCUCGACUCGACCUCUGGGGCUUCGCAACUCUUUCCCCCCCAACACCACCGAUGCCCCCUCCCCCAACUUCCCUCUCACCCCCUCAAAGCCCCAUCCAACCAGCACGGCGUCCAAGAGGGAGGCCUCGCUCACACCCUCUACCAGAGCGAGGGUCUCAGGGCAAGGGCAAGGCCGGCGGCGCAGAGUGUGAGGCGCCGGCCCACAAGAAACGCAGACGAUGCCGUAGUAAAAAGUACCAGACUGGAGAUUACAUCACUGACAAAGACAAGCUGGAGGACAGAGAACACCGUGAAGAGUCUGACCCUACAAGGAAGGACAGCGGGAUCCCAGCAGGUACAAGUGUCUCUCUGGAGAUCUGUCAAGUUUUGACUUUACUGCCUCUCAACAAUUUCCUCAAUGAAAGGUGCAACUCUUGCUUUAAGACACGAUUAAAAAAUGAGAAUUACAGAGUGAAGAAGGUUACUUCCAAACUUGAUUUGUUUCUUCUAAGUGUUCAUAACUCAGGGCAGCAGAAUGGAGAGGUUGACUGAAGAGUUUGAUUAAUGUUUCAAUGCUGAGUUAAUUAAACCCUUACUUCAAUGACAAACAUCAGAAUGCAGCUGAAUGGAUGAUGGGUCACAGGGUAAAGCAUUUUUACAGUAAAUAAGACCAAGGAUUGUAUACACCAGGUUGAUACAGAUUUUCAACAGCUGUUCCCAUUAUUGAACUUCCCUUAUGAAUCCGCCAAAUAUGAUCAGAAUUAUCUGACAAGUAAUCAAGAUUUGAUUUUUAUGAUACUGAAAGUUGAACAAAGCUAAAGCUCUAAGUAAACGUUUUUUUUUGUUGUUUUUUUUACAACACAGUUAUAUUAAAGCCUUAAUAUCACAAACUGUUAGUUGGUAACAAUCUCACAAAUAAGCCUGAGUUAUUCAGUUUAACAAUAAUACCAUUAUUAAUUAGUUACUUUUGGCUGCUGGCCAGAUGAAGUGACAAACAUUUGGCUUGUGAUAGAAUGAUAUCAUUUUUGACCAUCACUGACUAAAAGACGGUCUGAUGGAUGAAUCUGUACUCACAGUAGUUGCAGCCCAGUUCUCGUCUGUGGAACAAUUAUGCAGCCACCAUGCAAUGAUUCCUGAACAUUUGUGUGUGAUGCCUCUUUAGAAAUGUCUGUCCUGAACAGCAGCGGCAUCACUGCGUGAUUUGAUCUGCUUAGUCCACCUGAUUUCAGUGAGUUUAACCAAUAUGGAAAUGAACUGACUAAUUCAGGCUGUGUUUUUGCAGAUUUGUUUUUUUGUUCGAAGUGAAUGUGUAUCAUUGACAGAGGUCACAAUCUGGGAACCUCAGUUUUUUUCGGUGAAAAUACAGGCACAUAGAUCUCCUACAUUUUUUAGUUUAAUAUUUUUUCUUUUCUUUAUUUUUUUUUUUUUACCCUCAAUGUUACAGCUGGUUAUACUAUUUUUUUUAGAUACCAAUCAACCUUUGUGGACUUAGACAAUAUGAGUGGGUUUCUGUGGGCCCAGCUGGUUCAUUUCAAAUAUCUGUUAUGGUGUUAAGAAAAAUGUAUUUAAGCUGACUGUAUUUAAGCUGAUAGCUUCUUUGGUAACACAAAUGAAAACAUAUACAUGACAUUUACAUGUAAAAAGCAUAAAGAGGACAUUGGAAUAAUGCUGCAACUGAAAUACUAAUUGGAUCAACAGAAAUACAAAAAUCAAAAUCAUGAGGAGGGCAGAUUCCUACAGUUUUUCCAGUAUAUUCCUGAGGUGAAACUGUGUCCACUUCAGACUUGAUGUGAAUACAAUGAUGUGAAAAGAUUUGCAUGUGGAAAUUGCUCAAAAUCCAGAGGACGUGACUGUAAAAAACAGAGAAUAGAUCAUAGACAGCAGUUACUCAGUUUGAGCACACAACAUGGGUAACCAAAGGCCAGUGAAGGCCAGGUAGAGCUCUCUACCAUCUGAUGUUGGCUUGAAACAGCACCUAAAAUAUCUCCUGUUCUGAGUUUGGCUCUGCAGAUGAGUGUCAGCAGCACUGAUGAAAUGGGAGAAAUCAAAAGAAAUGUGCUUUUUCAUUUCAUUCACCUGUUAAGGAGUACUUAGCAUAACCUUGGAUAUGAUUUGUCAUUACAGCUCCAGAGGCACAACAGUGUGCAAGUCCCACUGCUCCCAGUCCAGAGCCUCCCCCACGGAGACCCUCGUUCACUCGCUCGGGUUCAGUCCGUUAUCAGGAUGGUGAUCUAUCUCCUGAGUGCGCUGACAAGCCUUCAGGAAAGAGGAAGUUCAAAAGCAAGCACUUAUGUGACAAUGAUGAGCAGAGGGUAAGUCGCUCACUGAUGCUGCUGCGGGCUCGCAGUUUAUCUUAAACCAUACAAGGUUGAUAGGAAUGAAGUACAAAGGGCCAUGAAUAUAUUAGCUCACAGUGCCCCCCUGUGGCUAGAUAAAUGCUGUGUUUGUCACAUUUAUGAGGGCAGCCGGAGUUAUACCGCGCAGGUCCUUGAUAAGUGGAAGUCAUUGCUCUAACUUGGCAGUGUAUUACACAGAUUCCAUUUUACACACAGUGCUUUUAACAGUAAAUCUGUCUUAAAGGUGAAGACCAAACGCAGCUGUUUGGGGAAGCGUGCUGCCUCGCUCCCGCUAGAUGAUGACAGUGCUGACGUUAAAAGAACAGACAGCCCUCCACCUGCUCCAAAAAGUGUGCCAUCAUCCCCACCCAAUAAGAAGGUUUCAUCAGGAAAAAGCAACAUUUCAGAGUCUCCACCGAAAAAGCCCAUCCCUCCAGAAGUCCGCCGACUGAUAGUCAAUAAAAAUGCUGGAGAAACUCUGCUGCAACGUGCCGCACGCUUGGGUUAUCAGGUAAAAUCCACCUGUUUACUGACACGCUUGUACUUCCCCUUCGAAUCAUGUCAGUGUCACUCAUUCUCUCUUUCCUACCUCUGCUCUGCAGGAUGUAGUUCAGUACUGUCUUGAGAAGGACAUCAGAGAGGUCAAUCGGCGUGAUAAUGCUGGUUACACAGCUCUCCAUGAGGCCUCCUCUCGAGGCUGGACGCAGAUCGUCCAGAUGUUGCUGAAAUACGGUGCUGACGUCAACUGCAGUGCUCAGGAUGGAACACGGUGAGGUUUCACUGGAAAAAAUCACACUCAGCAAGUUGUGUUUUCUAUCAGUUUAAAUAAGUAGACUUAAGAUGAUUCACACUGACCCGAUAAGUCCAGAUAGAUGUUUUUGUUUUAUAUUAUGUGAACUAUUACAUGAGAAAACUGAGACCUGGAUUGCUUGUGAUGACUUUAACGUUUUAUUAAUGAGAUAAGAAAAAUUAACUUUUCAAAUAAAAGGCAAACUUAUUAUUUAUCUAAUUUAAAACACUUUUGGAGCAGACUCAGUCAUCUGAUUUAUCAACACAACAAGGUUUUAAAUCGAUACAGGUAGGUUUGGUCAUCAACAGGUAUAUUGGUUGCUGUCAGGUGCUCUUCAGUGAGGGGAUUCUGUCAUUUCAAAGGAUCUAAGACACUUUGAUUAACAUUCAUUAAAGCCUUUAUUCUUAUUCAGUGUGAUAAGCUUUAAUAUUCUUACAAUGCCGCAGCAUGACUUUGUGGCCCUGACAAACCAAAGGCUUUUAAUCGGGUGUCCCCCUCAGUAGUUGAAGUAGAUUUUGGUUCAGUUUGAGGUUGUCCACUCACUAAAAGGCUUUUGUAUUUUGCUUGUUUUGUCUUCAGGCCACUCCAUGAUGCUGUUGCUAGCGAUAACCUCCCAAUAGUCUGGCUGCUUCUGAACCACGGCGCAGACCCGACUUUGGCCACAUACUCCGGACACACGCCGGUCAAGCUGGCACACAGUCCCAGCAUGAAGACCUUCCUUACAGGUAAGCCCAUCCUUCAUUUAGCCUCUCUUUUCGUGUGUUGCCAAAUUCCUCCGAACAGUAUUACCCCCCCUGAGUGAGGAAAGAUCAGCUUAAUUUCCCUCUGUGAAAAGUUAGAGAAGAGAGAGAGAGGGCUGAUGAGUCAUGACCACACUGGUAUGCGCAUGUUUCUAAAUAAAAGUCAGCGAGUCUUGUCAGGAAAGGACUGGAAUGCCAAAACAACCCAUGAAAAUUAGAACAAAAAAUUCCAGUAUUAAAAAAAGAUAUUUUGCGUUGUGAAACUUGUUGGCCUUUUUCUCCCAGAAACAUCAUUGACUUAUAGUCCAAACUGUUGUUUUUUUAGACACCUUUUCAGUUAUUUGAUGCUUCUGAUGGCUUUAAAGAACGACAUGCUCUUGAAGGUUCGAUUUUUAGACUGGGGGGGGGGGAUUACCGAUUAAUCGGACGAUUUUUAAAUUUUUUUUUUACAAAAGUUUAAAAAUUUCGUUAAUUCAAGUAAUAUAUCUACAUAUUUACUUAUUUUUUAAAACAAGUGGCUGCUUUUGUGCUUUUCAAACACUUCUUUAAAGAAUUAAAGGCAGAAAACUCAUUUCAAAUCCUUUUUAUUGCUACAACAAUCCCCUAAAUCAAACUCGGACCAGAAAAGCGUUUUCAACUAAAAAUGCCCCCCCCCGCAGAGGUCUCAUCUGGAGACCUCUGCCUCGGUAAGAGAAGUAGCUCGAUCACGUAAUGUCUAUUGUUGUUUAUUCUACCGUUACUGGCACGGCUAACAGUGUAGCAAGGCUAAUAACAGAUGGCCAACUCUAACUUUAGCUUGCAUGUUACAUGGUGCUUCACCGUUAACUCGGCGUGACUGAGACCAGCACAGCGGGGAACAUCGUGAAGUGAGUUGAACUUAAACUUGUUGACUUAUUGUGUAUUUCACAAACUGGUUUAUUUACCGUUGAGGCGGACCACUCUCCUCCGUGCGUCCCUGCAGCUGCCUGCUUCAGAUCCGUCACUCUGCUGUGCUGUGAGGUAGUUAGUGGAUGAAGAUUGUCAUGAGGUCGCUGCGCCAUCUACAGGAUAAGUCGGGGGAACUUUUCAAAUGGCGUAACAUGGCAUGAAACUGAAUAUUAUUUUCCGCGUUUAAUUUCUGAAAAUAUCGGCAAGUUUUGGUCGAUUACUGAUUAGUCUCAAACGGGCUAAAAUUGGUGGAUUUAAUCGGCUCGCUGACAAAUCAGUCGGGCCCUAAUCUUGAGUUAGUUGCUCUGUCAUAAAUUUAUUGGCUUCAUUUUUGGGGAGCUGUCAUAUCAUCUACCAUUUUAUACAGCCUAUGUUAUGAAUAUUACACCCUUUUUAAAGCAAAUAUUACAGCUCAAGAGAUGAACCCUUGAAUAUGUGUGAAGAACCUAAACAUCCACAUUCAGCGCUGCAGAUAUUGCUGUCAACAAGCCUAAUGAAUUUAAUAACGCAGGAGCUAUAUUUUCUUUCUGCGGCUCUUGGCCGACUGUUGGAGAGUCAGGAAACAUCAGCAAACACUUUUCCGCUAGUGCUAUUUUUUUAUUAUCAACUUGGCUGCAGAGCCGGUGUUUACCCGAGUGUGUUACUCGUGAGUCUCAGGUAAAUAAAGAGAUCAUGGCUCAGAAGCUAAUACAGCCACAAUGCCCACUUUUCUUUUUGCGCUGGGAGUCCACAGACAACAGCGAAAUGGGGCACAUCACAAUGACAAACUGCAACUUCGACUCAUUUACUUUUGGGGUCCUGACGAGGGAGCAUUGAUUCUUGACUUGUUUUCACAUUGUUGUACAUUUACACAAACCCACGCUGUCGUGUAAAGUGACUCAAAGUAAAACAUACAUUUUUUUUUUUUUUCACAGAAUAUUUUACAGACCUGGAAGGCCGCAAGGAUCCGGAUCCGAGUUUACCUUGGGAUUUCUACAGCAGCUCCCUGUUUGGUAAGAAACCUUGGAAUAGUUUCUCUAUCUGCUGCCUUCUGCCUGCCAAUCCAUCAGGCCGCUUAUCAAUCAAAUGUGCUAUUUCAGUUUGUAAACAUUGAUGGUAGAAAACUCAUUCCUCCGCUGGCUGUGAGGGAGUUGAGUCGAGGUUUGUUGGACAAACGAGCAGGUGGCCGCAGGGAAAUCACUCUGGUGUGUUGGCCAGGCUCAGGCUCAACUGUUGGGACAUAAAGGGGUGUUAGCCUGGUGUACCAGCAUCAGUGUUGUGUUGUAAACAGCCACAGGGAGCCAGUUAUCCAUUUCAGGGAGAACAGGAUUAAGAGUUCAGUGGAAACAUUUAGGGAGACUAAACAGGAAGUGGACUGCAGCUCUCUGGAUAAACCGUGAAGACAAAAUAUGUUUAACAACAAAAAUAGCUUUGAUCAGUCCUUGUACCAAGAAUAAACAUCUCAGCUUGUUUUUUUUUCCCCUCUUUUUUUCUCCUCCUCCUCCUCCUCCUACUAUAAUAGGUCCUAGUUUCUAGAAAAGUCUAUUUGGCAUGUGCCUCAGAGUCCACAUUUGAAAGUGUCCUCUUUAGCUUGUUGUUAGAAACAUGUAAAAACACAAACACAAAAGUUUGUGUUUGAAGUUCUGUAGAUGAAUUAGUGAUCAUUUUAAAGACAGGGUGUAAUAGGUGGGGUCGACAGAAAGGCUCGAUGUCACUCUGGACUCUUUUUAUUGAUCUAAGGAGUCAAUGGUGGUUCAAAUGGUGCACCGGGGUAGUUAAUGUUAAAAACAGAAGUAAACUGGAUACACUCCUGAUGAGAACCAUUCUUAAAAUUGAAAAUAUUAAAAAUGAAUGUGUGUCUCUGUUGUAGUAGAAGCAGUGGGACACCGGCACAUCACAAAUUCUCCUUUAUUUUUAACCGCUGCUCUGCUAACUGGCCCUUCAACUCCCACACUUCCUGAGUUAGUAGAGCUGUUUUUGGCGGGAAAUCAGUCUUGUGACAUUUGUGUACUGUCGUCUAAUACUGUUCCAGAUGUUCCAAAUUUAAGCAAGCAAACAACCCUCCUCCUGAUAAUUAUGUUCUUUCUACUUCAGCAUCAUCCUUGAAAGUUAACCCUGACAACUAUCCACUUACACUCAUACCCCAACAGGUUCACGCCACAUCCUAUUGCAAUAUGCCCGGCAUGCUGUCAUAUCCCUACAAUAAUACACAAUUAACAAUUAAAGGUGGGGUAGGCAGGAAUCCGUUGAAGAAGCAUCUAUUUUUGUGGUGUAUAUACAAAAAAGCUUUUUAUAUCAGUCAAUAGCUAUUAGUCAUUGAUGACAUUUGGUAAUAUAAGAAUAUCGCUGCGUUUUAUUAUGUCUGCGUAGUCAACAUUUAUAAUUUUUUGAGCGGCUCGCUCUUUCUGACUGUAGACAAAGCCAUUCUCUGCCUCCCCCAACCUGAUUGGUUGUGAGGCAGACGCUGCUCCUCCGAGUCGUUCACGAGCCCAAACAAAGUUAGCGUGCUACAAUAUCGGACAGUAGAAACCAACCAGAAAAUACAGAAAAUUGUCUCAAUCCUCCUUUGACCACGACUGUUGACACAAGAAGGAAAACGAAGUAAAUACCGGAGAUUCUGGCGGAAUAAUGGGCGCUUCAAAAGCCAGGCAAGAGCCAAAUAGUCAGGUCAACAUAGCAUAAACAAUGGAGAACGUUUCAGGAUCUUACUGACCCUGUAACCUUUCUGCUGGACAAGCCAAGUGUCUGUAACAGAAGUGUUUCUUGUCAAACGGGACCUGCUGCGUGUUGUAGCGCUUCUAAACUGUUAACCUCGGGUCCUGGAGUAUGUCAAUUUAUCCUAGUUGUAGAGGUCCUGCUAAAGUCCGUUGGCAUCUACAGUAGCACAGAUGCUUUUUACUGUCACAUUGACUAGGCUCCAUUUGUAAUUAUCUGAAGUAUUUAUCUGCAUUAUAUCUGAAUUUAAUUGAAACGAUACGAAGAACAGGAGUGUCUGUUUGUGGGCAGGGCUUGCUGGAACAGAGAGAAGGAGCUGAGGGGAAAACUGGUUGGGAGGGGUAGUGUUUACAUUCAAGAUUUCUCCCAAAAACUGGCACUUCCUCAUAUCCUGCCUACCCCACCUUUUAAGAUAAAAAAAGACUGAAUGAAGUCCUUGCAAAUCCUCGCAAUGACUGGGAACAGUUCUCAGUCAACUGGUCCAUCACACAUGAAGGAAUUAUGGCCCCCAAAAUCCCAGAGCAGAAAUAACAAAUACUACUCUGUGGUUUUUAGAAUCAUUUAGAUUUAGCUGGAUGGAUCAUAAAAAUUUUUUUAGAGGUAUGACAACCUUAGACUACAUUUAUUUCUCUCCUUUUCACAGACUUUUAUAGUUAGGCUGCCAGCAUUAAAGCGUUAAUAGCAAUGUUUUUAUUGUCUCUGCAGUAUCUUCCAGACUCCUGCUGCAGCUUGAUGGAAAACAUCACCGUACAUUUACUAAAGGCACAUUUCACUUAAAAAGCUCUCAGUUGCCUUAAUUGACAAGUGAAAAGUAAUAUGCACUUUGUGUCGGACAGAUUUAAUAUCACUGAAGUACUUUUAGUUGAAGCUACUACCAAAGAGCCAAACAUACAGGUGCAAAUUAUCGGACUGUAUCACAAUGAGUCUGCAGAGUCUGUGGAUGAAACUGAGUCAUAGAAGUGAACUUCACUGUUUCUAAACUGGUUAUCUGGCUGCAAUUAUUUCACUUUGGGAGGGAUUUGCAUUAAAAAUAAACACUGAAAAGCAGCGAUUAAUCCUGAUUAAAACAGUUCAUUGUUUGACAGGUCCAGUAAAUACUGGCAGGCCACUCUGAGUUAUCAGUGUGUGAAUGUGGACUGAAGGGGUUAAUGCAGUGGUUUUCAACAGGUCUCACUCUGGGACCCACAUUUUCCCACGGUCCUUAAGUUGCGACCCACUUUUAUAGAAUUCAAAUCAAGCAAAUUUAAUUUAUUAAUAAAAAAAACCUUUAAAGACUCUAAUCUUGAGAUUGAGUAAAGUGUAUUUCAGAGCACAUGAAGGGGACAACAUGAGGACGACAACUACUGAAGUUUCAUAUACAGAAAAUAUCAAAUAUCCAAUAAAUAUCACAUUUAGUAUUUACUUUUUUGACCAGCUGUUUGUGACCCAUCCAGAACGCGUCCGCGACCCGCUUUUGUGACGGGACCCAUCAGUUGAGAACCACUGGGUUAAUGUGUCGUGGCAUGUUGGAGCACUUUGAGUGGUUGGAAACACCAAGAAUGCACUCAAUACUUUACAGUCUAUUUACUGCAAAUCAUUCCUCUUUAACUUGAGUUCACACCAUUAGUUUAUUCCCAAACCAAAUUAUUCACAACACGCUGCGUCUGUUUUCUGCUUGUUAAUGGUUUAUGUACUUUACGCUCCCAUAGCAGCUGUUUAAGUUGUGUUUGAUUGUCUGUAUUUUGAAGUCACAGCAUUAGUUUUACAUUUUCUGAUCAUCUAUAUAUUUAUGUGAAUUUUCUAAUUUGUCUUUUGUUAAUUAAAAACAGAAAAACGUCUCUCUGAUGUUCUGAGACCUAAAGGAGAGGAUUAAAUCGUGCCAGAGCCUCCGCUGAUAUAAAGGACAAAUUAUCUGGCUUUAGGAAACACUGUGUCCUUCUUUAUUGUUCUGUUUGAUAAAUCAGUGACACAGACUUCAAUCUUGGUCAUGCGAAGAUAAUCCUAUCACUGAAAACACAAAGCUUUCCUAUCAGUAAAGGGUUGGAGAAACAUCUUGUUGUUGUCCAACAGAGAAAAGAAGUUAACAUAUCAGAAUAUGUUGCUUGUAAACUUAAUUUUUUGCUGUCUUGUGUCUUGAUGAACCUUGAAAUAAACUAGAGGCUGUGACACAAAUCACCAAAAGUGCUCACGGUCGCAUGUAACUCAUCUUACCGGUGUGGUAUAAACAAACUGUCCACUAGAGGGCAUUCAGACCCUUCCUGUCGGUGCGUUCUUCCUCUGACCUUGUUGAACUCUCCUUCACAGAGACAGACCAGGAGCCCUGCUGGGAUUUCUUGCUGUCGGAGCAGAAUCAGGAUCUGGAGGAGGACAGGACGGGGAAGACUGAGCUGGACUCUGACAAAGACUGCCUUCUGUUUGAGUUCUCCUCUGAGCCUCUCCUUCCCUGUUAUCACGUUCAGGUUUCAUUAACGCAAGGGUGAGUUCAGACUGAUAAAUACCGCGGGAAGAAAUAUUAGAAAAGGAUGAAGACUUGGUCCAAAGAUACACAAACCUCUUUUCACAUGUUUUUUUCUGAAGAUGCUUUUUUUUGUGGGAUUAUAAAGGUUUUUAAAAAGGAUGAGGUCUGUUCCAGUAACAGAUAUAAGCCUCCUGGGAUUUCAGUAUCUUGGGAGUUUAGUCAAAAAUGGGAUCCCAGUGGAUAAGUAAAUAAUAAUGUAAAGUGGAUGUUGAGCAGCUGACUCACCUCAAAACAUAAAUGAGGCUUAUGUCAUAACUUUACCAUCAUCAUUAAGGUGAUUAUGGUCAAAAUUACUUUGUGGUUAUUCAGAUUAAAGGAUGCACUCGUGUCGUGCAGGAUGUUGCUCUACAUAGCGGAGCUCCUCAGGCUGCUCUCUGGGUUCAAGGUUCAAAGUGAGUUUAUUUGCACCUAUAGGUAGAUUAGCGUUAUAAUCAGUGAGUCAGCCUUGAACACCAACAAAACAGGACAAGACCUGAUAAACAAAGUGACUGUUAAAAGGGUAACCCUCGGUAAUGACAGGAUGUGCCAGGUCACGUAUUUUCCCGAACGUCAACAGGCUGAGGGGAAACGUGCAGAUUCUCCACAGAUAGAUUUGAAAUGUCCUGUUUGAUCACGUCGUAUUGAUAACUGUUGUUUUUGGUUUGGACCAAUCAGGGUCAAGUGUUUUCAGACAGCCCAUCUGUGUCACCUCAUUAUAGAGACACAAGAGUCCAGGAAACAAACGUCUUUAUCAAAAAUCCGUCUGCUAUCUGAUCCAUAAACACAAUAAUAGAAACAGCUGUCAGAAUCACACAACAUAGAACCACAAGUUACAGCCUUAAAGACAAGCGUGCAGUUAAAUCAACACUUACAGAGACUGAAUACUGAAGUCUCACAGAAGUAUGAUACGCUGCAGGACUACUGUGAAAGACUGUGAAAGACCGCUCUAGUCUCAAGUCUUUAGUCUGACCUGGAUCAGCUUGUAAACCCGCAUGUGAGAGUGUGUCAUUUAAUCUGAUAAGUAUCAUUAUUGUUAUUGUUUAUAUUAUCAGUUUAUGACUUCCCUCUAUAGAGUAACCUUGGGAUCUUAGAAAGGUGCUAUAUAAAUUCAAUCUAUCUUUAUUACUAUUUCCUCAAAGUGAUAUCGCUUAAAAUAACAAAUAAACCUCAAAGUCGCACGUCUUUAAAGUGCAGAGAAAAGACAAAUGAAGAGAGAAGAGUGUUUUCAUCUUUACCAAUAAUGAGUAGACUCCUUUAUGUGAUCAGUCGGGUCAUUUUAUGUUUGUUUGAGGAUACUUUUAUGUUCAUGUAAGGUAAAUUCACAAAUCUUAACCUUUUUCUAAUUAUAGUCUCGGGCUAUUUCUCCGUCACAGGUUUUGCAACUGGUUCCUCCUAACCGAUGUCUUGAAGCGUCUGAAGAUGUCGGAGCGGAUCUUCCGGGCGCGUUACCCUCACCUGGAGGUGGUGAACUUGUCACGCACGGAACUUUGGAAGCAGGUGUCGGUCAGCCAGGUGAGCUCGGCUUUGGCUUCACUUCACAAAGGCAAGAAAAAGGCAGAGACAGACGAGGAAGAGGACGAAGAGGGACUUGUGGAUCUGGUGCGAUGCGUACCAGAGCUUCAGAGACUACUGGGCUCUUCCAUCCACAUCCUUCAGGAGGAAGAGGAAGAGGAGGAGGAGGAGAAGGAGACACUGAUGAACACAGGGAAGCCUCGCAGUCGAUAGCCUCCCUUCAAACUGUCGCCUUUUUGAGUCCUUCCCUGCGGGAAGCAGCUGAAAGGAAACCUCUCCGUCCGCUGUUACAAGGAUUUUAACUCCAGCAAUGACUUGACACUCCACUUUAACCUUUGACCUCAGACAGAAGGUGAUCACAUGAUCACAUAGAGCUGCAAACAGGAGAUGUCGGUGCUGGAAAGCAGCUUUCAGGUUCCUAUCUCUAGGUUUAUUUGAAUACAGGAGAGCUAUUGAGCAAACCUUUUUUAUGGAUUAUGUCUGUACAUGGUAGUGUAUAUGUAUAUCUUGCCAUCAGGGUGAACACAUUUGGUUCUAUAAAUGUAUUCUAGUGGCAAACGAUGGUUUAUGAUUAGGAGUUUUUGUUUCGUUUCCGAGGGAAAGCUAUACAUUUUUUUUUUCCAGAGGGAGAAAAUCCGAGGCUUUUAUCUCGGGGGAACUCUUGCGUGAAGCUUAAGUCAGGGAGGCCGCGGUGCCCGGAUGAUUUCUCCGUCAGCCUGGGAGACGUGGAGACCUGCAGAGAGAAGAUCACGGCACAUAAUCUUCACACAGAAUCACUCACCCAGUUCAGAGGCUCAUUUCCAUUUUCUCAUCAUUUGCUGGUUGGACCUAACAGUUUGUGUUUAUUCAUUCUCACACUCAUUUCACAGUCAGACCAGGCAGCACCACGCUUGCUGCGAGAGUCCCUCCUUGCAGAGUUAAAUCGUGAAUUUUUGGACCUUCACAUUGAGAGUUUGUUUACAGAAAUGGACAGAUUGUAGUGGUCUCCAUUUCCCAGGAUGCUCUACUCCUGAACUGAUACAGAAUCCUGUGGAUCUCUCUUUCAGAGGAUAAGUAGUCCGAUCCUGUGUCUGAGGAGCUCUGACGCCCUCGAAUCUGCAGCCACGACUCGCCCCUCUUUACGUCCUGAUAUGGUGUUUCCAGAUCCCAGAGUGCUUUGUGUUGCAGUGUUUUAUUUACACUGUUUGUUGUGCUUAAUUUAAUAGUCAUUAAUAUAUUUGACCUCUUGUGUAUCUGACAAGCCUAUCUAUGAAAAGAAAGCGCUUUGUAUGGUUGGUGCUUCAUUUUGAAAAUGUACUUAGGAUCCCUUUAUUCUCAGAUUUUCCUCCCUCAUUUAAAAACAAACAGUAUUUCAAAACAGCUAAAGUACAGUUUUAUUGUACUGGUGCUAAGACCGAUUUUUGUGUUGACAAUCAAUGAUGUUUUGGUUUGAAGUCACAAACUAAUAAAAGAUAUUUAAGAUGAAGAGACUAAAGGUGUAAAGAGAAGUAUAGUUUAGUUAAAGAAAAUGGGAUACAGCAGAACUGAGACUGAGCAGUGUGUGAGGUUUUGAAGAGACUUUUAUUUGAUUCUUUUAUAAGAAAUCAACAAGAAUAAAGCAUGAUUGUGGAUCAUAGAUAUUAUUUCUCUGUUUUGUCAGUUGGCCUAUCGUGAGAGUUUAAUUUAAUGUUUAGGGCAGAUGCUUAAAAUAUGACUUUUCUGUCUUGCAGUCACAGAUGGUUUGUC